GAGAAAUACAAGUGGGGAAAGUUCACGUGAGAUUUAACUCUUCAGUCUGGUCUUCCACAUAAACUUCGCUGAGAAAAAUGGAGCACAAGGAAAACUCCACCUUGACUCCCAAACCGCUUUUCCUGCGCACGCAAAGCAGCGCACACUCCCACGAGGAGCAGAGCAACGGGAACGCGUACCUGUACAUUUUAAUAGUCAUGUCUUUCUACGGGAUUUUCCUCUUUGGCAUAAUGCUCGGCUACUUCCGCUCCAAAAGGAGAGAGAAGAGGAGGACCAACAUAUUCACGCGCCUCGUGCACGAGGAGGAGCAGCGGGAGUGGGGCGCGCUCCCGAAGAAAAACAGCAUUACUUUUCAACCCGCGGUCCCGGAGCUGCCCGCGGUGAACGUGCCUUUCUGCGGGAACCACGUGCCAUUCUGUGGGAACCAUGGGAACCACUUCAGACACCUCCACUACGAGGGCGUGCCCCAGUCUCCGCUGGCGUGCACGGUGUGCACGGAGCAGAGCAGCGUCAGCUCCCUGUGCUCCUCCGCGGACACGCGCUUCGCCAUAGAGGAGGAGACGGACAGCUGCGAGGCGGAGGGAUCUGAGGAGCAGGUGAAGGACAGCCCGGAUGAUUCAGGCUGAAAUCUGCCCCAGAAAACAGACCCUGUGUUUUUACCCUCCACGGCUUAAAAAGAGGAGAAAAUCACCUGCAGAGAAUAAAGGAGGCUCUGAGGUGUUUCACAUCACAGAGACCGGGACAGUCCAACAUCUGUUUGCCAUAAAAACUUCCCAAAUCAACAUCCAGAGAAGGAAGAAGUAGAUCUUUAACUUAAGUAGCAAUACAAGUGUAGAAGUACUCUAUUACUAGAUCUGCAUUCAAAACUUAAGUCAAAGUAUGAGCCUCCAAAUAAGAGUAUAUUAAAGUACUCAUUGUGCAAAGUGGCCCAUAUCAGAUCAAUAUACAUUAUGUAAUAAAUAAAGGUAGCUUAUAUCUCACCAUGGGAUCAAUAAAGUUCAUGAUGAAUUAUUGAAUGAUUAUUUGGUAGAUUGAUGUAGAUUUAAAUGAAGUAAUUGAGGCUAUCAAACACAUGUUAGGCAGUACAACAUACAAUAUUUGCCUCUGAAAUGCAGGAGAGUAGAAGUCUCAGAAAAUGGAAAUAUUAUAUAUAUAUACAAAAAAAGUAUGUCAAAAUUGUACUUAAGGACUUGAGUGAAUGUAUUUCCUGUCCUCCACUGCCAACAUCAGGGCUGGAGCAGGACAAUCAAUAGGUAAAUGCAGACAAUGUAUUGGAGGCAUUGGCCCACAAUCGUUUUUAGUUUUACAUUUUUGCCUGAUCAACAUGAAACCAGAUAGAGAUUUGCCUUUUUUAAUAUAUUUUAAAUAGGAUAAUCAUGGUAAGAGUGACAAAUAUACCUACGCUGCUCACUGCUCACUCUUUAUCUUAUAGGGGUUGCAAUUCAAAUCAAUACAACUUUAUUUGACUCCGCAAGCAGAUCAACAUAAACACUUCAAUCAAUAGCUGGAAUCAUUAAUGAACACAUUCAUAGAUAUAUAGGUUUCCAUAUCCACUUACAACAACUACUAGAGACAGAGAGAGACUACAGACUUGUGCAAAAUGCAAUAUUAAGAACAAACUGGCCUAUAAUCAGUAGCAAUAAAUCAGAAUGUAGUAUACCAUACUGUAUGAUUUCAGUGCAUAACCCCUCCCUGUUUGUGACUCUUCUGCAGCGGACUGAGAGAAAAACUGUCUUUUUUGUGGCUUUUUUUUUUUUUAAAUGAACAUGACUUGCUCUUGCCAUCCUGGCUUUGAGUUUUAAAACGUUCCUGGAACUCACUUGAAAGAUUGUCAAAAAAUGAUUAAAUUGUAUUUGUUGUAAAAUGUAGCUUCACAAUCAACGCUGUUCACACACAGUCAGAGAUGUAGGUUUACUCGAUGAAAGCAAUGCACUGUACAUAUUGUUUGUAUUGUUCCCACUUUUUAACUCCUUUGUGGAGGAGAAAAUAAAUGAUUGUGAAUUGAAA